UGCUUCGUUGGCUCAUACUUGUAGGAGGUUACGGUUAUUGUUAAUACAGGUUUCGGCGUCACUGGAUCAGUCAGGUUUAUCAUGGGAAAUACACUCUCUUCCUACCCAUUUGGACGAGAACUAAUAAAUUAUCCCAAUGCAAUUUUACCUGCAUUACCAGCUGACUCAUCGUCUAAUAGACUGGAUGCAACUCUCGACCAAUACCUAAAAAGAAUGUUCCCUGAGACACAGAUUUAUUAUGAAAAAAUGACAAAAAAAACAUUUACUCCAGUGAUUAAAGUUCCUUCACAAGAUACCUUUGAAAUGAACAUAAAUUUUGUAGUUACUAUACAAGGUUUUUGGUCUGUGGCAUCUCCAGUUAAACAGGAUUUUGCUUGUGCACCACCAUCCCAAACUCAAAAUCUUGCAAGUGCCACACCUCACUAUGAUGAGAAUCGUGACAAAUUAUCAGAUGAAACAACAAAAUAUUCGGUUCCAGGUAAAAGUUUAAAGGAUGCUAUAAUUUUGCUGGGAAUCGUAAUUCUUUACAACAACAAGCUGAUAGAGUUUGUAGAGAAAACAUUAGAAUAUCCACCAGCACCUAUUUCGGAAGUUGUUAAAGUCUGUCUCAAAAAUAUGAAACUUAAUGAGAAACGUAUAAAUAAGCUUCGAGAUCUUAAGGAACAUUUGAUUAAGUAUACAUAUUUUUUGGAGGAAGUGCUUUUGCACUAUACAACUCUUACACACACUAAACUAGUAGAGUUUUCAAUAUUAAAUGAAGAAAAAAGAUCUAUACAUAAAAUCAUCAAUCAAAUGAACCCAGAAGAAUUGCAUCACCUGGUUCAUGAUGAUGUUAUUGUAUUUCCAGAACACGUUCUCAGUUUGGUGCUAGGAAUGAAUGAUUCUUUUGCAGAUCAUCUGAGAAAACUGCCACCAUACAUACGUCAUCAUCAGUCAGACACAUACUGGGUUGAUAAUUUUGUAGAAAAUAACUCCUUUGAAAUUAAUCCAGAGAGUGAAAACUUGGAUGAUGCUCUGAAACAUCUUGGAUUUACCGAUAGCCGGUCAUUUCUCUUAAAGAAAUGGCUAUCAGAAAAUCCAUAUCAAGACCAUCAGUCACUUCUCUACUGGGUGGAUGCCUACAUUGACAAUAUGUUCAGCUAUGACAUUUUGCUUAAUAACGUUAGUCGGUAUCCAUACAACCCGAACAUAGUAGAUGAAUGGCAAAAAGUGACUGUCUCAAGAGACAACACAGACGAUUCGGAUGAAGAUGCCCUAGAAGGUGAUGUCAACUAUAUCAACCUGACCAACUGUGAUCCGUGUAACCUACCACAGCAAGUUAGGGAUCACCUUAAAUCAUUGAACGAAAAAUGCCUUUUCUUCCACGGAACUUCUCAUAAUCAUGCAGAUAAAAUUAUCCAAAAUGGUAUACAGUUAAAUGAGGGUUCUCGUUGUCAGGAUUUUUCACACAAAGAUGGAUUUUACAUGACGUCAAAAAUUGAAUAUGCACUAGACUGGGCGAAACAUAAAAACUAUUCUAAUAGAGCUGCCGUCAUUGUAUUCUACAUGGAUCCAGGAAGUUUAGCCAGCUAUACUCAUCUAGACUUGAGCAACGAUCAAGAGAAGUGGAAACACGUUAUAAAGUACAACAGGUGUGGUAGAGACAGACGUCUGAACAUACCAAAACCAACGAUAAAGGAAUACAGAAAGGCAGACUAUGUUGAAGGUCCAAUGUGUUUCAACCCAAAGGAACUAGUUUUGUCACAAGAGCCAAAGGGAUUUGGAAGAAAGGAAAAUAUGCAAGUUUGUUUAAAAUCGGGUGAUGUCGCACGUUUAUUUGGAAGUAUCGGAUCGAUUAAUGCAGUGUUAUUCCUGUGAGCAUUCUCGCCUUUUCUUACUUUAGUGACAAUUUACUGACCUAAAUACCACAUAAUUAUCAAAUAGUAUUGUUAUGUAAUCUUCUUAUGCAAGAAUGUGCUGGUGUAAAUGGGAAUAUUUACCUUAUUAAAAUCAAUUGAUAAAUUCUUUUUAUAAAAGUCUAGGGAACUAAAAUAUUACAAAUACUUCAUGUUCGCGAAUUUGAAUCAGAAAUGAACAAUAAACAGACAAGACAUGAGUAAUAAAGUUAUGACAAAUUGGCAUACAAGGUAUCGAGCAGCUUUUCUUCAGAUAAAAAUCACUAGUAUAACCAAUAAAGGUGAGCAAAAUUGGUCCUGUUUUUAUAUGCAUGGCUAUGUCACUAGUUUGUUCUUUGUAUUUUUCAUUAAAAUAAAACCGCUACUAGUUCGGUAAGUCUCAUUAGUGUAUAGUGUAUGAAUGGAGGGUUGAUGUGUGGGUCUCUUAGUGGUUUUUAGAAGAAAAGCCUAUGAUAGUCCUUUGGUGAAUUUUUCAACAACUUACCAGUUCAUUAUAGAUAAUUUUACUGCUUGUGUUUUGUCUAUAUAUAUAAUUGUUGAAUUGUGAUUCCAGUUCGUGAACAUGAAAUAUUUUUAAUAUCUUAAUUCCUUAGACUUUUACGAAAAGAAAGUAUUAAUUUAACAAUUUAAUAUUAUUUUUAAUUAGUGAAAUGUCCACAUUUAUUCUAGUACAUGCUUGUAUAGGAAGACCUAUUAGAUAGUUAUGCUGUAUUUAGAUCAGUAAGUUAGUAUUUACGUAAGAGAAAGCGAAAAUGUUCACAAAAAUAAAUAACUUGUUAAUUUACUGAAUGAAUUAUUAAUGUUCUCCU